UCGUUGAUUUUUGGAGUGGUUGCUUUUAGAAGCCAGUGGUGUGUGUUGGUAACCGAAUGCUCACCUGCAGCCAUCGUGUCUGAGAGUCUGCAGGGUUCCAGACUCGCCAGGCACUUUGUACCCACUCCACUCACCCGUCUCCAGAAUCCAGCCUGGAGGUGGUUUGUCUCCGCCAUACAGGCGCGUCAGGAUGCCCGUCAUGGUGGAAGACAUCAUGAAGCUGCUGUGCUCCAUUUCUGAGCAGAGGAAAAUGAAGGCAGCUGUCAAGCACUCAGGGAAGGGCGCCCUGGUCACAGGGGCUGUGGCCUUCGUUGGUGGCUUGGUUGGUGGGCCACCAGGACUAGCUGUGGGGGGCGCCGUUGGGGGCCUGUUAGGUGCCUGGAUGACGAGUGGGCAGUUCAAGCCGAUCCCGCAGAUCCUCAUGGAGCUGCCACCCUGCGAGAAGGAGAAGCUGUUUGACGAGGUCACCAACAUCCUCAGGCACGUGGAGUGGACGGACGCCGUGCAGCUGACAGCGCUGGUCAUGGCCAAUGAGGUCCUACAGCAGCAGCUACUGGCCAUGCUGGUGGGCUACGUCACCAAGGAGCUGCAGGCCGAAGUGCGGUACGAUGACUAGGCCGCCCGCCGAAGGGCUCUGCGAGGCGCCGGGAGCGGGACUGCCGGGCAUCGUGAACUCCCUUAAGCUGGACGGAGAGCUCCUGCGGGACAGGCUUCCGCUGCCCUGUGUCACGUGCUGGAAAUUCUAGGUGAAGACCUGGGACUGGGAAGCUGGUGAGGAGCAAAGGCGGCCUGUUGCCCCUGUGGUACCAGUUUUCCGAGUCCGCCCUCCUGCAUGGAGCGUGGAGGAAGGUCCCGUGUCAGCUUCUCGUCCGUGAACAUGGCUUCUGUCC